AUGAAACCAACAACAUGUUUCUCGUGUCAGGCCGAGGGACAGAUAAAUAACAUAAAUAACAAGUCUCAGUUGCAUCUCUUUGUAGAAAUUAAUAUCUGUUUCGUCUUAUAUCAGAGAUUGCGCGAUCGUAGAUCUGGAUUUGGAGCCACUACUGAAGCAGCAACACCCACUGUUUUGAGGUGUUGGCGUGUUUUGCUGAUUUGCCAGCUCCCAGUGUUUACAUCGUUUAAUCUUGCAAAACGAACUGUCCCAUCCGGUGUGUCAGGGCAGCACUGCAGAGCCACGCGGGAACGUCCUCUGGUGUCCCCGUACCUGGCUGCCCGGUCUGCUGCCGAGACAGGCGGAGGAGCCUCGCGGCGGCUGCUCGCGCCCCCUUCACCACAGCGUUCCUCAGCGGAGCUCGCGGCACAGCGCCAGCCGGGAAACCAUAUAAUUCUAGAGAGUUUUACGUUUCCAAGAACAAAGAAAAUGAAUACUUUACCGGUGUUGUCAUUUGAAGACCUGGCUGUAGACUUCACCCAGGAGGAGUGGCAGGAACUGAACAGUGCUCAGAGGACCCUGUACAGGGAUGUGAUGUUAGAGGUCUACAGCAGCCUCCUAUCCUUGGGGUACUGCAUAACCAAACCUGACUUGAUUUUCUGGUUGGAACAAGGAGAAGAGCUGUGGUUGGUUGAAAAACAACAAAACCAGGGCCUCCCAGUUUCAAAGAAAAAAGAUGACCUGAUUGGGGCCAACCAGGAGAGUCAAGACAUCAAUCCCAGGCACUAUGUAAUCACAAGCAACAAAACAUCAACUCACAAGAGAGCUGAACUAAGAAAAACACUUAAUUUAAGCUCAACUGAUAUUUUAAAACUGACUAUAAAGAAGGACAAAUGUUCAGUAAUGACACCUGAAGUAUGUAAUGUAUUUCAGAAUGUGCAUCUCCCUUGUAAGCCAGAUAAAAAGCAAGAUGGAGAGAAAGCUAGUGGCCCAAAUGUGCAUGGGCCAUCCUUCUCAUGCUGGGAACUUCCUAGUCAGCCUCACAAUAUUCAGACUAUGCAGCACUCUCUUAAAUAUGAUGGACAAGGGAAAGUCUUCAAAAGGAAGAAGUCACCCUUUACAUAUGAGAGAAUACAUAUGGAAAAGUCAUAUAAUUGUACUCUCACUGAAGGAAAGACAACUCAGAUAGGAAAAAUCACUUUCCAUAAAAAAUCUAACAUCACCAAACAUCAGCAAUCAAACACAGAAGAGAAACUCUGUGAAUCUGUUGAGUAUGAAGAAAUUCUCAUGUACAAAUCAGAGCUCAAAACAAAUCAGAGAACAAAUGCAAGACAAAAAUUCUAUGCAUGCAAACCCUGUCAGAUGCCUUUUAGCUGUAAAUUAUGCUUUACUCUGCAUCAUAGAAAUCACAUAAGGAAAAGGCUCUAUGCGUGCAAUGAGUGUGGAAAAACCACUUGCCAGAAGUCAGAACUCAUUAGAAAUCAGAGGAUUUGCACAGCAAAGAAACCUCAUGAAUGUAAUGAAUGUGGAAAAUCAUUUCGCUGGUGGUCAGAGCUCAACACACAUCAGAGAAUUCACACAGGGGAGAAACCAUAUGAAUGUAAUGAGUGUAGAAAAGCCUUUUAUUUGAAGUCACACCUUAUUACACAUCAGAAAAUUCACACAAGGAAGGAACUGUAUGAAUGUAAUACAUGUGGAAAGUCCUUUGGCUGGAAGUCAAGCCUCAUUACACAUCAUAGAAUUCACACAGGGGAAAAACCUUAUGAAUGUAAUGAGUGUGGAAAAGCCUUCCAUUUGAAAUCACACCUCGUUAUACAUCAGAAAAUUCACACAGGGGAGAAACCAUAUGAAUGUAAUACAUGUGGAAAGGCCUUUGCCUGGAAGUCAAGCCUCAUUACACAUCAUAGAAUUCACACAGGGGAAAAACCUUAUGAAUGUAAUACAUGUGGAAAGACCUUUCGCCAGUUGUCAAACCUCAUUACACACCAGAGGAUUCACACAGGGGAGAAACCUUAUGAAUGUAAGACAUGUGGAAAAGCUUUUAGUGGGAAGUCAAACCUCAUUAUGCACCAGAGAAUUCAUACAGGGGAGAAACCUUAUGAAUGCAGUGAGUGUGGAAAACCAUUUCGCUACCGGUCAGAACUCACCACACAUCAGAGAUUUCACAGGGGAAAACCUUAUGAAUGUAAUGAAUGUGGGAGAACAUUUCAAUGUACUUCAGACCUCAAGAAGCACCAGAGAAUUCACACAGGGUAAAGACCUUUUGAAUGUGAUGUAUGUGGAAGACUCUUUACCAGAAACCAGAGCUGUUACACAUCAGAGAAGCCCUGUGAAUGUAAUACAUGUGGAAAGGCCUUUUGCUGGAAGUCAUACCUCGUUACACAUGAGAAAAUUCACACAGGGGAGAAACCUUAUGAAUGUACUGAAUGUGGAAAAAACUUUUACCGGAAUUCAUACCUCAGGAGGCAUCAGAGAAUUCACAAGUAUGGGAAUGUAACAUGUAUGGGAAACACUUCUACCAGAAUGCACAUCUUGUGAAGCAUCAGAGAGUUCACAAACAGGAGAAACCUUAUCAAUUCAAUGAGUGUGGACAAGCAUUUUGCCAAAAUUCAACCCUCAAAAUACAUAAGAGAAGGACACAGAAGGGAAAAUAAGUGUGAAUGAGUCUGGAAAGCCUUUUGAUGGAUGUCAAACCUCAUACAUCAGAAAAUUCACCUGGAUUGAAACUACGUUAAUAAAAUAAUGUGGAAAAGAUCUUUGCUAAAAGUUGUACCUCAUUGCAUAUCAGAGGAUUCACACAGGUUAGAAAUAUUAAUUAAUGUAAUGAAUGUAAAAUGUUUUCCAAGAAGUCAUGCCUCAAUUGCAUCAUAGAAUUCACAGAGGAAAAAUAUCUUGUAAAUGUGAUGAAUGUGCAAAACCCUUUUGCCAGAAGUUAAAUCUCAACAGAUACAAAGGACUCACACACACAAAAAAAGCCUAUCAAUAUAAUGAAUGUAAAAAACCUUUUGCCAGAAGUUGUUCUUCAGCACAAGCCAAAGAACUCAGAGAUGAGAGAGCAUGCAUAUACACAGGAAAACUCUACUGUGAAUUAUCUCUCACUGUCAAAAAACUCAUACAGAAGAGUGUAAUGGAAGUUGAAAAGCCUUUUAUUGUAAAGGUGAACUUCAACAAAUUUCAGGAAAAUUACACAGAAGAAGCACUGAAAGUGUGCUAUAUAUGGAAAAGCCCUUGGCUGAAAGGCACCCUUAUUGGGUAUCAGGGAAUUCUCAUAUGGCAGUAAUCCUAUAGGACAGAGACCAGCUAUGUGUUAUUCAAAAAUUAUUCUAUUUGACAUGCAAUCUGAUUUUUGCCCACCCCUUAUUAUGAGUGGGAUGAUGUAAAUGAACACUACUUUCACAUAUGAAUUUGUUAGUAAAUAUUCAGUCUAUGACAUUCACUUGAAAUGGCAUCUUUGUCAGUUACAAAAUUAAAUGUGUCUUAUUGUCUGAUUUUUUUAAAGAUUUACUUAUUUGAAAAGCAGAGUUGGGAGAGAGAGGGAGGUUGAGGGGGUGUUGGACAAAGAGAGAUAUCUUCCAUCUACUUUUUCACUCCCCAAAUGGCUGUAAUCAUUGGGGUUGAGCUAGGCCAAAGCCAGGAGCCUGGAAUUUCAUCUUUGUCCCACAUGUGUGUCAGGAGCCCAAGUAUGUGACUCAUGGUCUAUUAAUUCCCCAGACACAUUAGUAGAGAGCUGGAUCAGAAGUGGAGCAGCCAGAACCCAAAAUGGGAUUCCCCAUGGGAUUCCAGCAUCACAAUCAGUGCCUCAAUCUGCUAUGCCACAAUGCUAGCCCCUAGCCUAUGAGUCUUUACCCAUAUUGUUAUAACCAGUACUGUUACCAUAGGCAUGUUAUCUGACUUAUGUGCUAGCCAUAAUUCUGUACCCCCAGCCCUUGUUGAGGGUGUUUUCUAGGGUGGAGAGUGAGUCUCUUGCAAUCUACUCAAUAAGAAUCAUGGCCUUGUCUGUGUGUAGAUUUAGAUUUACUCACACUACUGGAGCUCUGUUUAUAGGCUGAUGAGAGGAUGUGGGCAAAGCGUUUUGGUGAUCUAGUCCAAGUAGUCUUCCUGAGAUCAAUUUUGUGCCAGUGUUUAUUUUUGCUUUGUUUUCUUACAGUUUUUGGUGGGUUGCUCUUGUAAUUUAAUUUUGACUUGUUUGGGUCCAUCUGGCAAGGUUCUGACCACUGCUUUAGUUCAUUGAACUAUUUUCAGAUGAUAUAGGCAGGUAGUGAGCAGUAGAGAUGAACUGCCAACAGCACCUGCACUGCCCAAACCCAACCUUUGAAGCUGCUGAGGUUGUGUUAGCUAGAAAUAAAUAUGACUGCAUGCUUAGCAAACCCACUAACCAUCAGGCACCUGAGCUUCACUUCCCAUCAUGUACCAAAUUCCAAGAUUUCAACUUAUGUGUUACAGCCAUGUGUACACCUGAUGCUGUGAGAUUUAUGUAUUUCCAAAAGACAUGGAAGUGAUAUUCAAACUCUUCCCUAAACACCAUCAUAUUUGAGUAUUCAAUUAUAUACCACCCCAGACAUCUCUAAUAUCCUGCAAAAGUACACUCUUACAUUUUCUCUUGAGGCUUUCCAUAGUCAAAUGUAAAUGUGUAUUAGCCCUUUAAAUAAAUCUUGCUUUUCUGCUUACCUUAA